CAUGUUCUCGGUGCUCUCCUAUGGCAGGCUGGUGGCCCGGGCAGUCCUGGGCGGCCUCUCGCAGACGGACUCCCGUGACUACAGCUUGGUGACAGCCAGCUGUGGCUUUGGCAAAGAUUUCCGCAAGGGCAUCCUCAAGAAAGGCAUGUGCUACGGGGAUGACGCCUGCUUCGUGGCCCGGCACCGGUCGGCAGAUGUGCUGGGGGUAGCAGAUGGUGUAGGUGGCUGGAGAGACUAUGGGGUUGACCCUUCUCAGUUCUCAGGGACUCUAAUGCGAACAUGUGAACGUUUAGUAAAAGAAGGACGGUUUGUACCAAGCAAUCCUGUGGGGAUCCUCACCGCAGGUUAUUGUGAGCUGCUGCAGAACAAAGUACCUUUGCUUGGAAGCAGUACGGCUUGUAUAGUAGUUCUGGACAGAACAAGUCAUCGUUUACAUACAGCCAACUUGGGAGAUUCUGGAUUUUUGGUAGUCAGGGGAGGAGAAGUAGUACAUCGAUCUGAUGAGCAACAGCAUUACUUCAACACUCCGUUCCAACUGUCAAUAGCUCCACCGGAAGCAGAAGGAGUUGUUUUAAGUGACAGCCCUGAUGCUGCUGAUAGUACUUCUUUUGAUGUCCAACUUGGAGACAUUAUUUUGACUGCAACAGACGGACUGUUUGACAACAUGCCUGACUACAUGAUUCUGCAGGAAUUAAAAAAGCUGAAGAACUCCAACUAUGAGAGUAUACAGCAGACUGCAAGAAGCAUUGCUGAGCAAGCUCACGAGCUGGCGUAUGAUCCCACUUACAUGUCGCCAUUUGCACAGUUUGCGUGUGACAAUGGAUUGAAUGUGAGAGGGGGAAAACCAGAUGACAUCACCGUCCUUCUGUCUAUUGUAGCUGAGUAUACAGACUGAUCUGCCCGGAGUGUCACCUUCUGACGUUUUCCUUGUCCCCGAGCUCCUCGCUUCACACCUACGGUUUCCUGCUGGCAGGAUCGCUUUCUUCCUUCGCAGCUGAUCUCAGCAGCCAGGUCUCGAGCUUGUUGCCUGUCGAGACACAACUGAAGUCCUUGUUACGAACCACUCUCCAGUACACUGGUCUGCGUCUGCCAGCAAGAAAUGAAGAAGCUCAAGGCUUGAAGCAUGUCUUUCAGAGCUUAGUUGCUGUCCUUAAAAGGGGGAGGAUGAAUCCCGCAUCGUUACUGCGUUUGAAAUG